GGUUUAGAGGUAUAGUUAAGAAUAUCGUCAGGUUUCGGAGUAGAUCUUAGUAUAGAGGUUCUCUGAGACUCCAAAAAACACUGUAAACACAAUAUGUGAAUAUCGCAUGCGACUCUCGCGAGACUUUCCCAGUCCGAUGGUUCCCCUCUAGACAUGACCAGUUCAAUGCACAAACUUCCGCUGCACUAAUGAAGAACGACAUGAUUGGCUAUUUAUUGAAGCGUCACAGUUUCAAUCACACGCUGUGAUUGGCUGAAAACCCGGCAUUUCAGUCGCAUAGUGCUGCUGAUGCGGCUGUACUAGUCAGAGCGACUGGAAAUGAACAGUUAGCUCAAAUACCUGCCGUUCGUAAACAAUGGCCAGCCCGCCUUUACACACAGCUGGAUGAAUCCCCGCGGUGUCUUAGAGUUGCUAUGAAGGCGGGGGCCUCGUCUAUGUGGGCAUCAUGCUGUGGUCUGCUGAAUGAGGUGAUGGGUACCGGGGCCGUGAGGGGGCAGCAGCCAGGUUUCGGAGCUGGUGCAGGGCCUUUUCGUUUUGCUCCCACUGCAGGGUACUCCACAUAUCCCCCCAACAACUCAACCAGCACUAGCCUGGUUUGUCAGGCUUGUGGACAAGCCUUUUCUGUCUUUAGGAGGAGGCACAUCUGUUGUGACUGUAAGAAGAGUUUCUGUUCGCUGUGUUCGGUACUUCAGGAGAACUUACGCAGGUGCACAACUUGUCACCUGCUGAAGGGCACUGCAUUCCAGCGCCCUCAACUCAUGCGUCUGCGUGUUAAAGAUUUGCGGCAAUACCUUAUUUUACGCAACAUUAACACUGACACCUGCAGGGAGAAGGAGGACCUUGUGGACUUGGUGCUCUGCCAUCAAGGUGCAGAGAGUGAGGACGAACCAGACACGCCUUCUCUGCAGUCACGCCCCCUUUAUAGCCCGCCCCCUUCAAAUGAAGAACCCAGUUCCCCUAUCUCAAUACUCUCCCCAUCUCAAAGAGAACCAAUCAGUAGGAGCAACAGCUCGGAGUCCACCAAUCAGGAUAUUGGAGACUCCUCUUCUGUCUCACUCCUUAACCUUGACCAGACCAAACACACACCAGAGGUGAGUCCUCAGACGCGGCGACGAGCGCGAGCUUCUCUGUCAGACCUGUCUAGCCUAGAUGAUGUUGAGCAGCUGACUGUACGGCAGCUGAAGGAGAUCCUGGCAAGGAACUUUGUGAGCUUUUCAGGCUGCUGUGAGAAGUGGGAACUGGUGGAGCGUGUCAGGAGGCUUUACCGGGAGAGUGAGGAGAAUCGCAAAUCUAUGGAGAAUGUGAGCAAACCAGUCACUGCAGAUGCUUGCCGUACCCAGUUAUCAAUAGAUGACAACCUGUGUCGCAUCUGUAUGGAUGCAGUCAUUGACUGUGUGCUGCUGGAGUGUGGUCACAUGGUCACCUGCACUAAAUGUGGGAAGCGCAUGAGUGAAUGUCCUAUAUGCAGACAAUACGUCAUCAGGGCCAUUCAUGUUUUCAAAUCCUAGACCUGCUGGGAGAACCAUCUUUAGCCUGAUAAAAAUGCUUCAGCAAUGUGCUCCACCUGCAGACUGCUUUGAAUUAGGGACUCGGUGCGGACACAUCCAGCAAGUACCCGCGUCCUUACAUUUGAUCAAUGAAAGAAGAUUUUCUGCUUAAUUUUUCAUGAGGUCAAGAGACCUCAAGAAACACAGACUUCAGACAAUGGUCCGCAGUGGCUUUGUCAGUGCAACAAUGCUUCAAUAAAAAAUAUUCCACAAGCUCUUCAGAGGCUCUGUAAUAAUAUGCAAUUGUUCAGCAACAACACCUCACAGCCUUGACUUGAUGUCCUACAGCUUUGUAUACUUUCUUCAGCUUUCUUUUUACCUGUCACAUGCAAACUCACAAAAGAGUGAAAAAACAAACUACUCAAGUGUGUUCGUUUGUCGCACACAUUGACAAUACACCAUAACUCAGGAUGGAAGGAUCUGAAUGUUCCUUUUGCUCUUCUUUUGUCACAGCAUCUGUGAAUGCGCUUUUGUUUCUUUUUGGAUUAUGUAGCUAAUUUCAUUCCGCCUGGAUUUUUGAGUUGCUAUGAGUUACAUUGUGAUUCCUGAUAACUGGACACUGGUGCCAUUCAGCAAAACAAAAGUGGCAUAAUGUUCACUAAAAUGCAUUCUUGGGACACCACAGGUCAUUCUGCAUUCUUUUCAGCAAUCCUCUUCGUUUUAUCAUGUGACGUCCCUGCUUUGUCAAAAGUCUGAACUGACACUGGCUGGUUUCUCAGUCCCUGCUGCUCUGAGGGUCCUUUGUGCCAGUGACAACAGUUGAUCAGGCGACUUUGAGUGCUUGUAUGACUUGAAAAGCAGCCUAUAAAUCUGUUGCUAAGUCAGCUGUGUAUGUGGUGAGUAAAAAAAUUAUGACAGAACUUUUUAAUGUCAGGCCCAAAACUAGCCCCCACGCAAGACCCCGGCAAAAUUUACGAAUGUGUGUAUUUCAUGAUCGACUCCAAUCCCUCAUUUGUGACAUCACUGUCAAUGAUGGAAACAUGUCACGCUCCUUAAGGCAGUCACAACCCCUUUGUUCUUGAGACAAACACUUGCGUGCACAAUAAUUUGGUCUGGUGUUAAUUUUGUGUUCAUGGCUAUGUGGGGUAACCCAUGAUGAAGUGUCAAAAUUUUCUGAAAACAUUCUGAAAUUUAGGGAAUACAAUACAAGUUAAGCUUAUUCAACAGCAUUUGUGGUAUAAUGUUGAGUACUACAAAAAAUAAUUUCGACUUGUCUCCUUUUCUUUAAAUAAAGCAAAAAUCGAGGUUACAUUGAAGCACUUACAAUAGAAGUGAAUGGGGCCAAGCCAAGGAAGAAAAUAAUUAUUAAAAUAUUAAUAACUACUGUCUUGACCAACACAAAAUAGGUAUCCUUUUAAAGUUUAGAAGCUGUACUUUACAAUGCAUGUAUAGGCAUUAUGAUCAAAACUGAACAAGUGCUUUGAAAUUUGCUGACAAUACAGAAGUAUUCCGUUUUGAUAAUUUAUUAAUAAUUUUGCACCGUUCAUAUUAUUGUAAUCUGUAAAAACAUCAAAAUGAUCAAAUAUCAUCAUUGUUGGAAAUCUCUCAAAGAGUUGAAAACAACCAGCCUGUUUGUAGUACUCGCAGACAAAAAUAUACAGAGUAAUAGCUAAGUAUAUGUCUUUGGCAUACAUGUUAGAUGUCAACAGGUGUUCCUUAUAUGCCGCGUUUUUGCUUAUAAAUUCACGAGAAAUAAAUAGAACAUAAAGUAUCAUAUAACGUUUCUUAGAGGAGGUGAUUAUCUUUAAAACGAGCCCACACACAACGUAAUUCGGAUGCAUAGAUAAUCCACAUGAAGCACAAUGUGUACACAGCACAUAAUUUGCUACAUAGUGUGUUGUCCAGCGUCAUGGAACGCUAAACCAAUCGUAUUAGGAUUCAGUUCGCUACAACCAGAGGUGGAAGUCAUCCAAAUAUGGGCAGAAAGGAUUGUUCACUCUAAUUACAUAUGGACACCAGGAGAUGGUGCCAAGAACAUGACAUAGACACAGUGAUGGCUCAAAUAACACAAAAUGGAACUGAAUGAGAUCUUGUUACUCAUGCCUGUAUGAUUUAGAAAGAGAUCAAACCUUUAGUCAUUGUUGCAUUUGCAUGUGCAAUUUGUUCUUCUGUACAAUUAUUAUGUUUUAUUUGUUUGGAGAGGCUUUUGGACACUUGAAGACGUUUUUGGACACUAGGAUAAAUUAUUUUUGUAAUGCUAUAACUUUUGAUUGCUCAACACAAAAUUUUACUCUGUUACAGUUGACAUGAUUGGGAACAAACCAGAAGUUCCAAGUUCCUCAGAGCUACCUUAUUUACACCCUGAGAUAUAAUGUCAAAUCAGAAAAAUAAGAAAAAAGUUCAUUUUUGGCUCACGUUUUUUUGUGAUUUUCAGCAGUUUCUAUCAAUCUAUAUUAUUACAAAAUUGAAAAGUUUUAUUUAAAAUGUUUUUUGUCGAGUUAUAAGCCUUUAAUUUUGUGUAUGCUUCUGAAACAGGAUAUCUUUACGAACACCCUCAGAGCUUAAAGGGUUAAGGGCAGAACUGUGAAGCUGAUUAUUUUGUUAAAACUUGUGUAUUAUUUGAUUGUAUAAUUGUUUAAAUCGUCUUUUUACGGUAGUUUUAGCAUUUUAGUGUUUAUGGCAUUACAUUGUCAUGACAACAAAGUUCUAAAAUUGGAUAUAACUUUACACAGAAAAGGUUAGUAAGUGAUUUUAUCACACUUAAAACAUAACAGUAUAUUGAGUAUUUUAAUGUUUCCAGAUUACCCCAUUCAUUUCCAUUGUAAGUGCCUUUAAUGUAACCUAGAUUUUUUUUUUUUUUUUUUAAAGAGGUCGAAAAUUAUUUUAUGUGGUAAUCAAUUUGAUACCACAAAUGCUGGCGAUUGAGCUUAACUUGUACUGAACCCGGAAUAUUCCUUUUAAGUAGGAUCUUGCACAGGCAGAAUGAAACUGAAACCCUCUAGAGAAAUAUCAUUGGUAACAUUUUACAAUAAGGUAGCACAUUUAUUAAUAUAAUUUAGAUACACCUAAUGACAAUCCAUGGAAAACUAUAGCCUAAUGAAAAAGAUGGACUUUGUAAGAGAAGAGGGAUGAUAAGGUGCAUUUAUGUGUCUCCAAUCAAUUUUCCCCCAUGAUAGUGUUUGAAUGAAUAUGUAUCGAUUUGGAUUACCUGUCUUAGUACUUGUGUUCACUGAACUUGAGGAAAAAAACUAAUUUUAGUAAUUUCAUUUGCGAGUGAUGCUCCAUACAAAUGGCCCACCCAUUUUUUCAAAAACCGCUGUAUGUUGAUAACUUCAUAACAUCAGUUCAAGCAUCUAACUAAAGUGUCAUGGCAUAUAUCGCUGUCAAGAAACGGCCCAACAAAACAGUCCUAAUGCUUUCUCACUCAGACACCAUAGCAAUACCAUUCUCUUUUUCGGUGUGGCAUUCCUACUUAAGAGUGAAAGGGAGAAGAUUUAUAUAUAAAAUUUUGGUGUAUGUUACAUCCUUGUUUAACCUUUUUUGUCUGAUGUAUCGUUCAUUCCUGUGUAUAUGCCUAUUCCGAUGAGUUUGAUUUUUCUUAACAAAAAAUUCACUUUUUUUUUGGUUAAAUUUUUUUAGUUGCUUUAUAUAGAAUUAACAAAUAAAAUAAAGCAUUAUGUUGUUACAUUUGUGCUACUUAAAUAAAAGUGCUAAGAACACACUGGAUUGCACUGCAUUAUGAUGAUUCUGAAAUAUUGAUGUGUUGUGCCAUUUUGUUAUUUCCUUAAAUAUGAGCUUUAAAGUGGCCAAGACAUGCCUUUUUUAUUAUUUUAAUAUUUUCCUUGAGGUUCACUUAAAAUAUUAGUAAAGUUUUUGGCACACAAAACAGACAUUUAUUUGUCAAACAUGAUCAUUUUCCACCCCCAUUCCGAACACUGUUAGAAACGCCCGGUUUUGGUGCUGCUUCUCUUUUAAGACUUGACAGUAAACGCCCACUGUAUGAUAGAUACAGUCGGCAAUGCGUCAUACACUGGGGGCAUGAUUUAGCGUGGUGGAAAGCAAAGCGCCAUUACCAUAGUCACUCAUUCAUUCCUAUGAGAAAAACGGGGAGAAAUAUUCAAUAGAUUUGCCUAUUUUAACAACGAAAAAGCUGUUUUUUACACUUCAGAAAAAGCCAAAAAUCCCAGAACUGAUUUUUUUUAUCGCAUUCCAACCGACACAAAUAGAAGCUGAAAGAAGACCACUGCGGCUGCAGUUGACCAUAUGCUGGAAACGUGAUUUUGUGUGUUAGAGAAACAUCAGAGCGGAUUCAAGACUAAAUCAAUCACCAUAAGAUACCUGAAAAAACUUGACAUGAUCGGAGUGGAGUGUUGUUUAUAUUGGUUUUCAUACUUCAAUGAAUAAAAGUUCUUGGGGUAUAUUGUAUCGUUCGGUUUGGCGAUUGUUUUGUGUUUAAUGAGGUAAAGUUGCUGUAAAUGUUUAGGUACACAGUACUGCGUAUGAAUGUAUACUAAUAUCUCAAUUAGCACUGUCUUCACUGCCAAACAAUGUACUUAUUCAGAAGAAACAAUAAUGAAAACUGCGUAUGAUUGUAGUUAAAUUGCAUUUUACUGCAUAUUCCGUUGUUAGUAAAAUUUAUUUAAUCCCCAUCAUUAUUAAACCCCCCUCUGCUUUCUCCCACGAGUGGGCGGGGCUUCCUUGCUGACUGGAUCUAUUGGCUCUCUGCUCUUGACCGACCUGCUGUCUAUUUGCCAUCUCACUGCUCAUCACUACUGGGUGGGCUAUGGAAGUAAUGAAUGGCAAAGUAGGCGUUGAUGUGUUGUUGUGGAGGCGGUCAGAUGAAAAUGUCUACCACAGUGUGACAAUGUGGAGGAAGUAGCGAACGAGUCGUUUCGGAAGCUUGGUUUCAACAAAUGCUCUUUUUGCAGUGAGGAGGACGUUUUGAGUUCUGAAACUUACAGUAUGUUUUUAUUGUACAAUGACCUCUUAUAUGUCAAAGGAUCAGGAAAAUUUGAUUCUUUACAUCAUGAACACUUUAAUAUGUUACUUCGGUAGGGAACGAGUUAAGAGUUAUUCAAAUCAGAAUGCAGAAACAUUUGCCACACAUUACUGAUGUACAAAAACAAGUUCCUCUUGUUUUUUGGAACGUCAGUUCCUUUUUUGAGAAAGGUUGCUUAAUCAAUUCAGUUGUUUUUAAUUACAUACAAAUAUAAAUAGCCGAAUGUACAUUAGAUUGUUGUUUUAAAUGGCAAACAAUGCUUUAAUUUACAGUGGUACAAGUAUGGUGGCUUAGAACGAAUGGCAGGCUUCCUCUUUCUGGAGUCACAAUCCUGAGACAAAACUCACAAUAAUGCACAUCAUUAAAAUAAUCUGUCAUCACCACAGUUACCAUUUUACAAUAACAACCACUGUGGAAGGAAUAACGCACAUACUUGAUGACUUACAGAGAAAUACUGCAAGUCUUUUUUUUUGGCCUCAUGAAGGAAAUGCAAUACAACCUGACUGUGUUGUACAAAAUAAAAUUACCAAAAUAGCUGGAUUACAUUAUCGGAAUUAUCAAUGAUCUUCGUAAUGUGUUUAGAAUCUUUUUUAAUUAUUCAGAAAGCUUGGUCUGAAAACUGCAUUGAAAUCAAGGACAAUAAAUUCAUAUAUUCCAUGUAUGUAUAUUCAAAUUAACCUACUAACUUGGCUUUUUUUUUUUUUCACCCAACACCUCUAAAGAGAGAUACUCUACACACACAUAGCUGUGAAAUAUUUUCUAAAGGAUGAAGGCUAGCCUGUUACACAGAUGGAAUAUGGCACUGUUUUAUAAAUAAACCUCUGAAAAAACAAAUAUCACGCCUAAUUCUGCUCUGAGAUUAGAUCAGUGAGCACUUGAAAUUCAAAGCAGUCAAACUCAUCAUUGGACAUAAAAUGGACAGAGAUAUUUAAAAAAAAUUACAUUAUAUAUAUAUAUAUAUA